AUGAGGUGUGGYRAUGUGGUGACAUCCAGRKGUGGGRAUGUGGRGUUAUCCAAGGACAUUGGCAGCGCYRCCUAUGGAUGCGGCCAGCCGGCCGUGCCACCACAGCUGGGCUCCCGCGUGGUGGGCGGUGAAGAUGCCGUAGCCCACAGCUGGCCAUGGCAGAUCUCCCUGCAGUACAGCCGCUAUGGGUCUUGGUACCACACUUGUGGCGGGACCCUCAUCGCUCCCCAGUGGGUGCUGACGGCCGCUCACUGCAUCAGCUCUUCCAUGACCUACCGUGUGGUGCUGGGCAAGCAGGACUUGUCGGUGGAUGAUGAGCCUGGCUCUGUGGCCGUGGGUGUGGAGAAGACGAUCGUGCACGAGAAGUGGAACUCCUUCCUCAUCAUCAACGACAUUGCCCUGGUCAAGCUGUCCGAGGAGGUGCAGGAGAGUGACACCAUCCGGGCYGCCUGCCUGCCAGAGGCUGGCAAGAUCCUGGCCAACGACUACCCCUGCUACGUCACCGGCUGGGGACGCAUCAGGACCAACGGGCCCCUGGCUGACAUCCUGCAGCAGGCUCUGCUGCCCGUGGUGGACUAUGAGACCUGCUCCCAGAGGGACUGGUGGGGCAGCAACGUGCUUGAAAGCAUGGUGUGCGCCGGUGGCGAUGGCGUCGUCUCUGGAUGCAAYGGCGAUUCUGGUGGCCCCCUGAACUGCCAGCGYGAGGAUGGCAUCUGGGAGGUGGACGGCAUCGUCAGCUUCGGCUCCGGCCUGAGCUGCAACCUGGCCAAGAAGCCGACCGUCUUCACCCGCGUGUCUGCCUUCAUUGACUGGAUCAACGAGAUGUGGCCGUUCCCAGCAGGGACCAUGAGURCGAUAAGAUGGGGCCAUGGGGCUGAGGAGCCCCUGUGCCCCAGCGUGGGACAGUCCCCACAUGGCAGUGGCAGGCGGGGCCGCUCCAAGGUCGGUGGCAGCGCAGACACCAUAAGAGGGGUGAGCAGCCCCACUGCCGCACCUUUGGUCAGCACAACCAUGCUGGGAGCCGUCUGUCUCGUCGUGCUGCUGGGCUACGCCUAUGGAUGCGGCCAGCCGGCCGUGCCACCACAGCUGGGCUCCCGCGUGGUGGGCGGUGAAGACGCCGUAGCCCACAGCUGGCCAUGGCAGAUCUCCCUGCAGUACACUCGCUCUGGCUCCUGGCACCACACUUGCGGCGGGACCCUCAUUGCUCCCCAGUGGGUGCUGACGGCUGCUCACUGCAUCAGCGAUUCCAUGACCUACCGUGUGGUGCUGGGCAAGCAGGACCUGUUGACUGAUGACGAGCCUGGCUCYGUGGCYGUGGGUGUGGAGAAGACAAUUGUGCAUGAGAAGUGGAACUCCUUCCUGGUCCUCAACGACAUUGCCCUGGUCAAGCUGUCCGAGGAGGUGCAGGAGACCGACACCAUCCGGGCUGCCUGCCUGCCAGAGGCUGGCAAGAUCCUGGCCAACAACUACCCCUGCUACGUCACCGGCUGGGGACGCCUCAGGACCAACGGGCCCCUGGCUGACGCCCUGCAGCAGGCUCUGCUGCCCGUGGUGGAUCACGAGACCUGCUCCAAGUGGGACUGGUGGGGCAGCAUGGUGCGCACCACCAUGGUGUGUGCUGGCGGUGAUGGCGUCGUCUCUGGCUGCAAUGGCGAUUCUGGUGGCCCCCUGAACUGCCAGCGCGAGGAUGGCAUCUGGGAGGUUGAGGGCAUCGUCAGCUUCGGCUCCGGCCUGAAGUGCAACAUGAUCAAGAAGCCGACCGUCUUCACCCGYGUGUCUGCCUACAUCGACUGGCUCAACGAGAAAAUGAGCUCCAACUGA